AUGGCUACUGAUGCAUAUGGAAGAACAAUGAAGAAAUCCAUCCAAACUACUUCGAAAAUGUUUCCCGAAUUCAAUUUACUGAAAGCUGAACCACAAGAAGGUAAAACGUUCGAUGAAUCUGGAAAGUUCGAUAUUACUUCAGUGAAAAUUGAACCACAAGGAGCUGAAAUAUUUCAUACUGACUUCAUUAACAACUUGAAUUCGAUGGAUAGAAUCGUUUAUAACAAAAGCUUUGAAGAACACAGACAAAUGAAGAUGGAAGAUGAAAUCGACAUUGUUCACGAAGAUAUUAAGUGCGAAGUUGUGGAUGAAGAAAACUUCUCAAACUAUAUGCGAGCUGAGGACUUUAGCCAAGAUGUGAAGCCACUUCUUUCGGAUCCUGCUGAACGAGGAGCAGGUACUGACUUAAUGGAUGGCAACGAUGAUAACAAAGUCAUUGGCGAUCACGGACAAAUGAAGAUGGAAAAUGGAAUCGACGUUGUUCAUUCGGAGAAGAAACCAUUCCAGUGUGAUUUCUGUUUGAAGUCAUUUGCUCAUAAAAUUACUUUGAAAAACCAUGAAAGGAUUCAUACUGGAGAAAGACCGUUUCAGUGUGAAAUUUGCAUGAAAUCCUUCACUAGAAGUAGUCUUUUGAAAGUUCACGAAAUAAGUCAUACUGGUGAAAAACCUUUCCAGUGUUCGUUCUGUUCAAAAUUCUUUACCCGUUAUGAUGCCCUGAAAGUUCACGAAAGAACUCAUACCGGAGAGAAACCGUUCCAGUGUAGAUUUUGUUCGAAAUCUUUCACUCGAAGUGGUGACCGAAUAGCUCACGAAAAAAGUCAUACUGGAGAGAAACCGUUUCGGUGUACGAUGUGUUCAAAAUCAUUUGCUCAAAGUGGUGGUCUGAAAGUUCAUGAAAGGAGUCAUACUGGAGAAAGGAGUUUUCAGUGCAAAUUCUGUCCAAAAUCAUUCAUUCAAAGUUGUACUUUGAAAGUGCAUGAAAGAACUCAUACCGGAGAAAGACCGUUUCAGUGUAAGCUUUGCCCAAAAUCUUACAGUCAGAGUAGUUCUUUGAAAAUUCAUGAGAGAAAACAUACUGGAGAUAAACCAUUCAAAUGUAGGAGCUGUUCAAAAUCUUUCACGCAAAGUGCUGAUUUGAAAGCUCAUGAAAGACUUCAUACCGGAGAAAAGCCGUUUCAAUGUACAGUCUGCCCGAAAACUUUCGCACACAUUAGUUCUUUGAAAGCUCAUGAAAGGAGUCAUACUGGGGAAAAAACCUUUCAGUGUAGUCUGUUCAAAAUACUUCAUUCAUGGUAG